UCAUCUCUUAUCCUCCAAACGCAUACUACUUUUCAAACCAACUACCAACUUUCAAACUUCAUCAUGUCUGACGCCGGACGCAAGGACUUCUCCACCAAGGCCAAGGAGGAGAUCACUCCCGACUCCACCAAGUCCACCCAGGACAAGGUCAAGGAGACUGUGACCGACACCAGCGAUCGUGUUGCCCGUGGCUUCCAAACCGAUGAGAGCAAGGGUGCUGGCCAGGAGACCUUUGACAAGACCCAGCGCUCCCAUGACAACAACGCUCACGGUGGUGCCUCCGGCUCCAUUGUCGACAAGGCUAAGCAUCUCGUUGGCCUCGGCAACAAGUAAGAGGAUCUCCCUCUGAACUGAAUGAUCACUAUCAGUCAUUCCACAUCCCUCGGGAUUGCCCGCUAUCACGAUGAAUCACGAUGAAUCACGGGCCCAUGAUACCAUUUGCUUUUCGAUACUCAUAACAUGAUACUCCCAAGGCCCAUUAUCAAUUAAUCACCUUGAUUUCAA